UCCCUUCACAAUUUCUAUAUAAAUUCUCCUCUUUGCUUCCUCUUCCUUCUCAUUCUAAAUCUCUAAACCCUAGGUUUCAGUCACCAAUUUCAUCCUUUUCAUUUCCAUUUUUUGUUCAGAUUCUUUUUGCAAUCGUUUUGAAGAGCAACUAUGGCCGGUAAAGGAGAAGGCCCGGCGAUCGGAAUUGAUCUUGGAACGACGUAUUCUUGCGUUGGCGUGUGGCAGCACGACCGAGUCGAGAUCAUUGCCAACGACCAGGGCAACAGGACGACGCCCUCGUAUGUUGCUUUCACCGACAACGAGCGUUUGAUCGGUGAUGCGGCCAAGAAUCAGGUCGCCAUGAACCCUAUCAACACCGUAUUUGAUGCUAAACGUUUAAUUGGCCGAAGAUUUAGCGAUUCAUCCGUCCAGAGCGAUAUUAAGCUCUGGCCAUUCAAAGUUAUUGCUGGCCCCGGCGACAAGCCCAUGAUUGUUGUGAACUACAAGGGUGAGGAAAAGCAGUUUUCGGCUGAAGAAGUGUCAUCUAUGGUGCUCAUAAAGAUGAAGGAGAUUGCCGAGGCGUAUCUGGGAACAACAGUGAAGAAUGCUGUCGUCACUGUCCCUGCCUACUUCAACGAUUCGCAGCGUCAGGCCACGAAGGACGCUGGAGUCAUUUCAGGUCUAAAUGUGAUGCGUAUCAUCAACGAACCAACUGCUGCCGCCAUUGCUUAUGGUCUCGACAAGAAGUCUACCAGCACUGGCGAAAAGAACGUUCUAAUUUUUGAUUUGGGUGGUGGUACUUUUGAUGUUUCGUUGCUCACAAUCGAGGAAGGUAUCUUCGAGGUGAAGGCAACUGCAGGAGACACCCAUCUCGGUGGGGAGGACUUCGAUAACAGAUUGGUUAACCACUUUGUGCAAGAAUUCAAGAGGAAGAACAAGAAAGACAUUAGUGGGAACCCGAGAGCUCUCAGGAGGUUGAGAACUGCUUGUGAGAGGGCGAAGAGGACGCUUUCCUCCACAGCCCAAACUACAAUUGAGAUCGACUCUCUCUACGAGGGAAUUGACUUCUAUUCCACCAUCACCCGUGCUAGAUUCGAGGAACUCAACAUGGACCUUUUCAGGAAGUGUAUGGAACCAGUUGAGAAGUGUUUGAGAGACGCCAAGAUGGACAAAAGCACAGUCCAUGACGUUGUUCUUGUUGGUGGCUCCACUAGGAUCCCCAAGGUGCAGCAAUUGUUGCAGGAUUUCUUCAAUGGCAAAGAGCUUUGCAAGAGUAUUAACCCUGAUGAAGCUGUUGCCUACGGAGCUGCUGUUCAAGCUGCCAUCCUGAGCGGGGAGGGUAACGAGAAAGUUCAGGAUCUGUUGCUCCUGGAUGUCACCCCUCUCUCACUAGGACUCGAAACAGCCGGUGGUGUGAUGACUGUUCUUAUUCCAAGGAACACCACCAUCCCCACCAAGAAAGAACAAGUUUUCUCUACAUACUCCGACAACCAACCUGGUGUAUUGAUUCAAGUGUACGAAGGUGAGAGGGCAAGAACACGUGACAACAACUUGCUGGGUAAAUUUGAGCUCUCCGGCAUCCCUCCGGCUCCUAGAGGUGUUCCUCAAAUCACAGUCUGCUUCGACAUUGACGCCAAUGGUAUUCUGAAUGUUUCCGCUGAGGAUAAAACCACUGGUCAGAAGAACAAGAUCACAAUCACCAACGACAAAGGGCGGUUAUCCAAGGAAGAAAUUGAGAAGAUGGUGCAGGAAGCAGAGAAAUACAAGGCCGACGAUGAAGAGCACAAGAAGAAGGUUGAAGCUAAGAACUCGUUGGAAAACUAUGCUUACAACAUGAGAAACACCGUGAGGGAUGAGAAGUUCAGCUCUAAGUUAGACCCAGCUGACAAAAAGAAGAUCGAAGAUGCCAUCGAGGGAGCAGUCCAGUGGCUGGACAAUAACCAACUUGCAGAGGCCGACGAGUUUGAAGACAAAAUGAAGGAACUUGAGAGCAUUUGCAACCCAAUUGUUGCUAAGAUGUACCAGGGUGCUGGUGGACCUGGCAUGGGCGGUGCUGCUAUGGAUGACGACGAUGUCCCACCUCCAUCCGGUGGAAGCGGCGCCGGUCCCAAAAUUGAGGAAGUCGACUAAAUUUUCUUUAGAUCCCGAUCUUUUCUUUUUCUAUGUUUGUUUUCCAUCGGGUUCGAGGCGAUGGAGUUUUAUUUUGUUAUAUGAAUCACAUAUAUUAUGGGCUUUAUUUAUUUCCAUUGCAAUCGAAUUUAGUCUUUACGGCCA